ACAAUGUGUAUCAUGGUUUAUUGAAACAAAAUCGGAUGUUCAGACUCAACGAAACUACAGAACUAAGUAUGGAAGAGAUCCACCAUCCCGUCCUUCCAUUCGUGCGUGGCACAAGAAAUUUAUGGAGACAGGGACAGUAUUGGAUAGAGAGAGGAGCGGGCGACCAAGAACAUCUGAGGAAAAUAUCAAUCGUGUUUCACAAGCCUUUACUCGCUCUCCUAGGAAGU